GGAGGCUGUUAGUUCAGAGUGCAUUACUGGAAUAUCUUCCUUGUCUUGUGUUUGAAUAUGUCUACUGGUAAUUUGUUUGCUAUCUGCAUUCACAGAGUCUGGGGUGCUACUAUUGUUCUCAGCAUCAGCAGGUGAAGGUUCAGUAACAGCAGCCGUCCCACAGUUCAGGAUUAUUUCUAAAGGGGACAAAAAAAUUGAUCUCCUGAAUGCUGAGAACUUUAUGCCACAUUAGAUGGACGAAGAACCAUAAAGAGACACAUCACAGUGGAGGACUGGAUGAAAUGACAGAUUCAGUUGAGGAAUGGACUGGUAAGAAUAUAGAUGGGACAGAAAUGGAGGUCAAUAGAAGUAGAGAUGACGUGGAGAUGGAGCAGAGGAAUAGACUCAGAAAGGACAAAGCUUCCAAGGAUCUACACCAUGAUAAAGAACAAACUGUUUCUCCAGAAGAACUUUCUUUAGAAAGCACCAGCACUCGGCACCAAACCCAAAGAAGCAACAGUGCAUUUGAGGAAAACCAGUUACAAGUCUCCUCCAAGCCUUCCUUGUCCUUUGUUGCUUUGAUUGCCAAAGCCAUCCUUUCUUCAGCCUCCAAAAAGCUCAAUUUAUCCUCCAUCUACAGGUACAUUGAAGAGCACUUCCUGUACUUCAAGACCACACACAAAGGCUGGAGAAACAGCAUUCGCCACAACCUGUCUCUCAACGACUGCUUUGUGAAGCUGGGACGCUGUGAAGAUGGGAAAGGUCACUACUGGGGUAUCCAUCCAGCCCACUUGGCUGACUUUCACCGUGGAGAUUUCAGACAGCAUCGCAAGGCCAACAGGAGGAGGCAGCUGAGAGUUGACAGUAUGACUGAAGCCUGUAGCUGGAUGGCACAAUGCUCCUUCCUAGAGUACUGGAGCAGUGGUGCAGCUGCUGGUGGGUGGGUACAGAUGGGCUAUCCAUGGGAGAUUGCACAUCCGUGGAGCAAUGCAGUGUUUGCUGAAUGGAUGUAUUAUCCAAACAAAGUGUAUUUUAAUGGUCUCCAAAGCUUUGGAAUUCCUGAAGUGCCACUGUGUAGAGUAAAUGGGAUAUAUACUCUAGGUGCAGUCUAGUCGCCCUAGUCAUUCCCUGCAAAUUGGACUGCACAGGGUGCUCAGAUAUAUUCAGGGUGAUUCCGAACCACAGGGAGUUCCACUGUUAGGGAACCUCAAACUGCACAGACAGCAGUGAACAAUUGUUUAUCGCUUCACAGGAGGCUGCUGGGUCUCUUGAAGACGUGUGUUUGAUUAUGUUCCAAAUGAAGGUAUUUAUCAACUCCAGUUACCUUAACUGAUAUCCAGUGCUCAAGUGUGUAGGGACUAUAGCAGUACUGCUUAGGCACCCUGGAAUGGAACACAGCAAAGAGCAUGUUUAUUUGCACAACAAUGUAUGACAUACAGUAACAUUUAAAAGCUGACACAUUCAUACGUGUUUUUAUCUUAUUCAAUAAUAAAUAUACAGGGUAGAAUGAAAUACUAUAUAGUUAUACACUAUACAGUUAUAUGCAAAAGUUUGUAAUUUGACUAAGAGGGUUGAAGCUUUUGCAGAUCACUGUAUGCUAGACCGACGAUAUUUUUAAUAUAUUUUAUUCAACAUUUCAUCUUUUUUGGAACAAAAAGAAGACAUAAAAUGAUAAGUAUUUAUUUUAAUGAUUGGUUUACACCAAUGUUUUUGUCACCUUGUCAUUCUCAAUCAUUCUGGAAUCAUCUACAGCUCUGUUCAUCGUUUUUGGACACAUAUAACAUUUCUUUUCAUUUCAUUUAUAUAGCUGCUAACCAGCACAUAUCUGUGAAGCAGUAGCUUAGUGGCACCAUAAUAGAAUUAUUUUAUACAUGUAUCUGUAUGACUUUUUAAAAUUGAAAAUAGUGAUUUUGAAAGCUGAUGCACAUCAACAACACUAAAAGUUUUACCAUAGUAAAAAUUCAACCCUUGUUGGUACAUAUCGGCCAGCUUUAUCCUUUUUCAGCAACUGAAUCUCUUUUUGGGCAAGAAUUUUGUGACUUUUGCAUUCACAUCUUUUAGAGGUAGAACAUGAAUUUCAUCACUGUGAAAUGUACUGCACUUAUUUCCAUGAAACAAUUAAACAAUGCAAAUAAGGUGGUAUUUUUACUUGAUUAAGCAUUUAUUUAUAAUGAACUAAACAUAUAUGUUUAGUUAAUGUCGCUGUGACCUGACAGCAAGAAGGGCCUGGGUUCAAUUCCCCAGCCAGACAACCAGUGUUCUUUCUAAGUUCUCCCAAUGUCUGAAUGGCUUUCCUCCAGGUGCUCCAGUUUCCUCCCACAGUCCAAAGACAUGCAGUCAGGUGAACUGUGGAUGCUUAACUGCCCCUACGUGUGAAUGUGAAUAUGUAUGUCUAUAUGUCUGCCCUGUGAUGGACUAACAGCCUGUCCAGGGUGUUUCCUGCCUUACUCUCAAUGAUCACUGGGAUAGGCUCUAGCACCCCCCACGACCCAGAAGGACAAGCAGCUUAGAAAAUGUAUGUGUGUGUUAGUUAGCUGUGUUGCCAAGAAUAUAGCCUGUGUAUUUAAGGUGGUACUUUUAUACACUGUUAAAUACGAACAGCUGUUGAAAAAUUGAAAAGCAGGCCUGUUUGAUCUGUUUACUGUCCUUGGGCAAAGACUGAAGAUAUUUUUAAUAUAUUUUAAUCAACAGUUCAUCUUUUUUGGGAACACAAAGAAGACAUUAAAUGAUAAGUAUUAUAUUGUAAUGAUUGGUUUACACCAAUAUUUUUGACACCUUGUCAUUCUCAGUCAAUCUACAGCUCUGUUCAUCAUUUUGGACACAUACAUUUCUUCAUUUAGACAGAGGUGGACGAAGUACACAAAUCAUGUACUUGAGUUAAAGUAGAGAUAUCCAAGGUAAAA